GUUUCGCAACAACCUGCUGAGCGAUGUGGUCGUACUGAGACGGUGUACUCGAACAACACUUCCUGGUGUAUGGGACGUUUCUUUUGUUAUCUUUUACAGAAGGCAUUUGACCGACUGUGCGAAGGAGGCGGAAAGGUAUAAGGUGUUCGUUUAUACCAGGAGGACCCAUUACUCAAAAUGGGGAACUGCCUGGGCAAGCAAGAGAAAUCUGGCUUUGAUCACAUUGGGGAGGAUCAGGGAAAGACUUCAAAUGGCAACAAGAUUCCCAGCUCAUCCGAGUCGGCACAAAACGGUGGUGUUGCAACCACAGGACCCCUAGAAACUAGUCAGCCGCAGGCCUCUGGAUUCCCACAGACACCGAGCUCGCCUAUGAGCGAAGUCCCACUUAGCCCUGGUGCUAAGUUAUAUGUUGCCUUGUAUGAUUAUGAUGCUAGGACUGAAGAAGACUUGAGCUUUAAGAAAGGGGAGCAUCUAGAAAUACUAAAUGACACUCAAGGAGACUGGUGGUAUGCCAGGUCUAAGAUUAGUAGAGUAGAAGGUUAUAUACCGUCCAAUUAUGUGGCCAAGCUAAAGAGUUUGGAGUCUGAACCGUGGUAUUUCGGCAAAAUUCGUAGGACAGAAGCUGAAAAGAAGUUAUUAUUACCAGAAAAUGAACAUGGAGCAUACCUUAUACGAGACAGUGAGAGUCGGCGGAAUGAUUUUUCUUUAUCAGUGCGUGAUGGUGAUACAGUAAAACAUUACAGGAUACGACAGUUAGACGAAGGAGGCUUUUUUAUUGCUAGGAGAGUGACUUUUAGAACUUUAUCAGAACUGGUAGAACAUUAUUCUGUUGAUGCAGAUGGACUGUGUGUUAAUCUACGGAAACCUUGUUCACAGAUUGAGAAACCACAAACAGCAGGCCUGUCAUAUAACACAAAAGAUGCCUGGGAGAUUCCCAAAACAUCAUUGAAAAUGAUUCGUAAAAUUGGCCAUGGGCAGUUUGGUGAAGUGUGGGAGGGUUUGUGGAACAAUACCACCCCAGUGGCUAUCAAGACUCUAAAACCAGGUACAAUGGAUGCUAAAGACUUCCUGGCAGAAGCUCAAAUCAUGAAGAAGCUACGGCAUCCCAAACUCAUCCAACUCUAUGCAGUCUGUACGCAGGAUGAGCCUAUUUACAUAGUCACAGAACUAAUGAGGCAUGGUAGUUUACUGGAGUAUUUACAAGGUAAAGGUCGCAGUCUGAAGCUCCCUCAGUUGAUCGACACGUCAGCCCAGAUAGCGGCUGGGAUGGCUUACCUGGAGUCCCAGAACUACAUCCACAGAGAUCUGGCUGCCAGGAAUAUCCUGGUGGGAGACAACAACAAUGUCAAAAUAGCAGACUUUGGUUUGGCCAGGGUGAUAAAGGAGGAUGAGUAUGAAGCUCGCGUUGGUGCCCGAUUUCCCAUCAAGUGGACAGCCCCAGAAGCUGCCAACUACAACAGGUUCACAAUCAAAUCAGACGUGUGGUCAUUUGGUAUCUUACUCACAGAGAUCAUCACUUAUGGAAGGAUACCUUAUCCAGGUAUGACCAAUGCCGAGGUCCUCCACCAAGUAGAACAUGGCUACCGUAUGCCAGCACCCCCUGGUUGUCCACCAGCUCUCUAUGAGGUGAUGCUAGAUUGCUGGAAGAAGGAUGAGAUGGAAAGACCCACAUUUGAAACAUUGCAAUGGAAACUUGAGGAAUUCUUUACACUGCAAGGCAGUGAAUACAAUGAGGCCAGCGUAGUGCGGUAAUAGUGCUCCAUAGUCAUACAAGAGAGAGAGCACACACCUGUGUCUUGCAUCAUUUGAAAUACUGUUGAUGUGUGUAUUGAAGUGGGACUGAAUUUCUUAGAAAUGACACUUUUUUUAACGGGUUUCCUAGAAGCAUCUGGGACACUGUUUCACUUUAAUUAAUGCCUGUAAAUCUCAAGAAAAAGGAAUGGGCCUGUAAGCUUCUUAUCACGCAAAAAACCUGAUGUUGUCUUGCUGAGAGGCUGUGACAGAUUCAUAUGAUCAAGAUGUCUGCCAACAGGACUAAAUGUCACAACAUCUUAGGUGCUGUUUGAAAUGGGUGUGAAUUGGUUUGAAUGUUCCAUUCAUGGUUUUUCAUGUCUCAUCUGCGAUGACAUGGAGGAAAAAAUGGCAUUUCCAAUCAAGAAUUGAUUAAAGAAGUUGGAUAUAGAUGAAAGUCAUUUAGUCUUCAUCAGUAUUAGAAACUGCCUUCAAAUGCAUUAUUCAUGUCUGCGUAAAACAACCAGAAGACGUCUGAUUUAUAAAAGUUUAUGUGCACUGGAUUAAAAAGAAGUUAAUGUAAAGCUGUUGUAUUUUCACAGGAUACUGCCAUCCAGUGCAUAUACAGUCAUUUCAUUUCCUGGCACUAAUAUUGACAAAACCCUUGAUGGCCUUAUGUACAACCACUGUGGGAGAUGAUACCUUGUUGCCAAGAUCAUGUAUGCUAGAUAUCAUUGUUUUAUUGUUCACGUUAAAAGUAUUAUCUGCAGCACUAGAUAUUUAAAGGCAAAGGGGGAUCUUCCGUAUCUUAAUUAAAGGAGUUUUGUGUUGAUUACCUCUAUCUGCCUUAAAUCUGUUUACAACAUUUAAAACAUUUUUAGUUAUGAAAAAAACAUUUGAAUGUGAUGUCAUCGUUAGAAUAUGCAAGAGAUGGGAUAGGCUUUUGCUUGAAUUUAACAAAAGCAAAACAUUGAAUUAGUAAAAAAAAAUUUAGAUAAUAGCAUUUAGAAACGGCAUUUAGGUAGUGUUCUGACUGAUUGGAGAGGUAUCUCUGGGCAUCAAAAACUAAUGAAAAGGCAAUCAAAAUAUAAUCCAGUGUGGUAAACAGUCCCUUUAGUUUGCCCCCUUCACCACGAAGCUCUUGUCAAAAAUGAAGUAUGAAUAAAUGGUUUGAGACGGGCUUCCAAGAUAUGCAAAAGUUGAAGGUUUUAUGGUACUGCAGGCAAAACUCGAUAUUACCAAGUGAUAUUAGUUUGUACAGAGAGGUAUGACACACCAAGCCCCAACAGCUACAAUAAUCAUAAUAUAUGAUGAUAAUAUAAUUAUGAUAAGUUUUCUUCUACCAAUGUAAAGUAAAAUGUGUAUUGGUUUGUUUAAAACAGUCUGUGUAGAUAUACCGUUUGAUGACUAGCACUGAUUUGCUGAAGUGCUGCAGUAUAGAUAAGUAAUUUCAGUCUAACAUAAAUGGUGUUUCUAGUGCUAAAAUAAUUGAUAGCUUGGGUCAACAAUUGAGCGCUUUCAUUUUGAUCUUGUGCAAGUCUGGGACAAGUUGUAAUUCUGUCUAGAUUAAUGCAUUGCUCAUGUUUUAUAUUGCCUGUCAAAUGAUGAGUUUUAAUUAGAAUGAAUCUGGUGUUCUGUUGAAGAGCUGCGAUGUCAUGGGACUUUGGAAGAGAAUGAAAAAUUACCUACAGCUUAAUUGGUAAUUCAAUAAUUUUUACACUGAAUGCUUCAGAGUCCUACGUUAUGCAGCUAUGCAGCUCGAGUCGGUUAUAGCAGUAUGUUUUAUAAGAAAACCUGUGUUAAGAGAAGUCAUAAAUUAGCUUUGUUCACAUGGGUUUCUACUUCAGAUAUGCCUGAGAGUUCUUCCAUUCCUGUGUCUAUUUCCCGGCUUUCCAUUUUUCGUCAAACUGACAUUCCAUAUUUGUUUUCUCCCCAUGAAUGGUCUUUUUAUCAUUUAACUCUUUUUAUCAUUUUACUUUUAGCCUCAUUAUCUUAAAUGACUAUUGCACAAGGAAUGGGGAUGGUAUCUGUUCAUUAAUUAUGCUAUUUUGCAUGGGUUGUUAAUUUGGCCAAGUAAAAUUAUUGUAAAUUUUUGAUUGAAAUAUUUAGUGUCAUCUUUGUGGUGAAGAUAGAAAGAUUUAAAUUGUUGUGCAUUAGUAAAAACAAUCUAGCAUAAGAUUAUUAUAGUGUCACCAUGACCAUGUGUUGACAUUCUUGGUAUUUGGUCCAUUGAUUUUUGACAUGAUAUUUGCAAAACAUUACCUUCUCAGUUUUUACAUCUAAAAUGGUACACAAUGAAGUAUGUGAGAAUGUUGGUAUAUCUGAUAACAUUUGA